AUGACAGUCGAUAUCUCAAGUAAGAAUUGUAACUUGAAACACUAUGGAGAAGGGAAAGGUCGUUAUCUGCCUGGUUUUGUACAGAGUACUGUAGAGAACAUCGGUUUUCAACAGUGUAUCAAGUUGUGUUAUCAAAAGGUUAACUGUGAUUCUAUUAACUAUGAUAACGUUCGUCUUGUGUGUGAAAUGAACACAUUGGUCACACCAGGUCAAACAACGGAAGAUUUCCUUGAAAACAGACCGGGAUCGGUUCAUAUGGUUGUCAACAAAACCGGACUGAAUGCAGAUCAGAUAGCCUGCGAGUCAUUGAACUGCCCUCCGAAUACGAAAUGCAUCAAACUACAUGACAAUACCACUAUAUGCCAUCCAGAACCAUGCCGGCGAGCCGACUACUUGUUGUCCUCAAAAUUGAAGUUUUGCUUCAAAAUCCACGAUCAGUUUGCCGCCUCUUCAGUCGCUAUUCAAACAUGCAACAGCGAAAAUGCGACUCUGGCAGUGAUUGAUUCUGCAGCGAAAUUGGACUACUAUGACAAACAGCAUCUGCGAUUCAAAUAUUCAACACGAUUAGGAUUUUUCAUAGCUGGGGGAAAACUUGACGGUGUUUGGAAACUUCCUGAUAACACCAUCCUGGAUCACACUACCGGAUGGUCAACGGUCUAUAUGAAUAAUGAUGGGCCAUGUCUGGUAUUGUGGAGAGCUACCGGAAACUAUGUGCUAACAGAUGGAAGCUGCACAACACCAUACCGUUUCAUAUGCGAGGAAAAUUAG